AUGCCGUGUUCAGGUAUAUCAUCGAAAUCGGCUAAGCAUCUCAAGUUUGAGUGGUUCAAUUUGCGUACAAUGCAUUCGUCGAUUGUGCUGUGCGGCCUGGCGAUAAUGAUUGUCAUAUCAGCGAGAUGGGCAGCAACCAAUCCAAUAUCGAUGUCCAUCUUAGUUGAGCAUACCUUGUGCAUGGUUGUUGGUGUAUUUCGGGUUAGCCUAUGCACGAAUAGUACCAGCGUUGAGGGUUAUCUCAAACAGUCUUGGCCACAAGUCUAUACCAUUGUCAAGUAUGAUAAUGGCGUUCGUGGAAUUCUAUCGGAAUUGCUCAAUUAUUACUGUACAUUUCUAUGGACAUUCAUGGAUAUUUUCAUCAUUUCGAUCAGCAUUUGCUUAUCGACACGUUUUAACCAAUUUAACGAGCACUUGAAGCAAUACAAAGGCAUGAAAAUGCCGAAAGCAUUUUGGUGCAAUCAGAGAGAGAAUUUUACAUCACUUUUAACGAUAAUCACAAAAAUCGAUGAUAGAAUUUCGGUAAUUACUGCAUUUUCAGUAGCAAGUAAUUUGUAUACGAUUUUAGUGCUGUUGCUGCACAGUUUUCAAACACAAGACACAGUAACGGAGAUGGUGUAUUUCUGGUUUACAUUAUUGUUUAUGAUAAGCCGUACUUUGUUGGUUUCACUGACGGCCGCCCGUAUCAAUGAUGAAUCACGGAAACCCGCUCGAAUUAUUCGAGCCAUACCAAAUGAUGCCUACGAUUCGGAAGCAAAUCGUUUUCUCGAGCAAGUUGUGAACACUAAAGUUGGAUUAACCGGAAUGCGUUUCUUUUAUUUUACUCGGCCAUUGAUUCUUUCGGUUGUGGGCACGAUUAUAACUUAUGAAUUAGUUUUGUUACAAUUCUCAAUUUUGACACCAAAAACCAAAGAGAAUCUAUGUAAAGCGUUCUAA